AUGUCGUCUAAAACGGAUGAUUCCAAAGACAUUAUUACGGUGCCGUCAACCGGCCAACGUUUCAGGAAAGGAGAAUUCCUGGGCAAGGGUGGAUUUGGCCGAUGUUACGAAUUCAUUGAUAUGAAAACUGAUCAAAAAUAUGCUGGCAAAAUUGUCUCCAAAUCCAUGCUGGUAAAAGCUCAUCAUCGCUCUAAGAUGGCCUCAGAAAUUGCCAUUCAUAAAACAAUUAACCAUCCUAACAUUGUCAAAUUCAUUACCAAUUUUGAAAAUGAAAAAAACGUCUACAUUGUUUUAGAAUUAUGCUCAAAGAAGUCACUAUAUGAAUUGCAGAAAAGGCGUCGUUAUCUGACAGAAGCAGAAGUUCGCUAUUUUAUGUCACAAGCGGUUUCCGGAUGUAAACAUUUACACGAUUUGAAAAUCAUCCAUCGAGAUUUAAAAUUAGCUAAUAUCUUUAUCGAUGGAGACCUAAAUCUAAAGUUAGGAGAUUUUGGGCUAGCAGCUCAAAUUGAGCAUGAUGGCGAACGAAAAAGAACCCUUUGUGGAACUCCAAAUUAUAUCGCUCCUGAAAUUUUAAAGAAACUUGGCCAUUCCUUUGGUGUAGAUGCAUGGUCCCUUGGUUGUAUCAUGUAUACGCUAUUAGUUGGUAAACCACCUUUUGAAACUGAAACAUUACACGAAACCUACAGACGAAUUAAAGAUAACAACUUCCAGGUGCCAUCGAGUAUAUCGAAAAAUGCCGGAGACUUGAUUACCAAAUUAUUAAAUUCCAAUCCUGAGAAAAGACCUAGCAUGGCAGAAAUCCUCAAUCAUGCAUUCUUCACAUCGGGUUACUUUCCCUCAAAGUUACCCCAUAGUUGUCUUGUUGCUGAGCCUAAUUUUGCUGACACUUGUCUAGUACAAGGUAGCAGACAGCCAUUCCAUGAAGUCAAUUAUAAACUUCAAACAAGACCUACUGCUAAGUCCGCUGACCCUAAACCAAACGCUAAACCAGCUAACAAGGACGAAAACGUUGCUGAUAAAGCAAAACCAGUUAUGAAUUUGAACAUACCUAAAACAUUUUUAGCCGGAAAAUUUUCACCGUUUGCAGAUGAAGGUAUUACGCCUUCUAUGGAUCCCAUGUACUGGAUCAGUAAAUGGGUUGAUUAUUCCGAUAAGUAUGGCUUUGGAUACCAACUUACUGAUAGUAGUCAUGGUGUAUUCUUUAAUGAUGGCGCUCGACUUAUCCUUGCUCCAGAUAGAGUCCAUCUUCAGUAUAUUGAUUCCUCUGGUAAUGAACAAUGUACAACUACCGUCAAAGCUGAAGAGAAGCAUGUACAACUAAUAACAAAGAAAUUAGCUAUUAUUAAUCAUUUUGUAAAAUACAUGGACGAAAAACUGGUUCAGUCCGGAAGGAAGCCAUUUAUUGAAUUAGAUUCCUGCCGUUUGCCAUACGUCUACUCUUGGCUUCGAACUGAGACCGCAAUUUGCAUGCUUUUAUCGAAUGGUGUUGCUCAGAUAAACUUUUUCCAAGAUCACAAAAAGCUUGUUAUAUGCCCAAGAUUGGAAUGUGUAUCAGUUGUUCGAAAAAAGUCUCGUAUGAAGACCUACAGAAUGUGUGACAUAUUGCGCAACGGAUGUACCUCUGACUUGUUAAGUCGGUUGCAUUACUCUAGAGGCGUACUUGAACUUUUGCGUGAAAAUACACCGAAAUUUAAUGCGCUUGCACAAUAA